AGAUGCUAAACCUAGGGUUUCCAAAAUUGAAAUUGGGGAUAAACAAAAUAUAUCCCCUUCUCAGAACCCAUUUCUAUAAUUUCUCAUGGAUCACACCCCUCACAAAUCCACUUCACUUUCCUUCCUUACCAAAGGCUCAAUUGUUGAAGUCACUUCCGACGAAGACGGUUUCGCCGGCGCCUGGUUUGUCGCCACCGUAAUCCACCCACCGCCAUCCAUUUCCUCCCCAGACCACCACACAACCACCACCACCACCACCAACAACCUCGUAUACGUCGAGUACAAUAAUUUAUUAACUGAAGACGGUUCUUCUAAGCUACGAGAAUACGCUAACGUGGCAUAUGUCAGACCUGCACCUGAACCUAUCGAUAAUAGAUAUGUUGAGUUUCAGCUAAACGACGUCGUUGAUGCGUUUUAUAGAGAUGGGUGGUGGACCGGUGUGAUUACUAAGGUGUUAGAUACAGAUAGAUAUAUUAUUGGAUUUAAAGACCCCCCUAGUGAAAUUGAAUUUAAGAUUUCGGAUAUUCGGAUUCAUCGGAAAUGGGUCGCUGGGAAGUGGGUCCAGCCCCAAAAUCAGAGAACAGCAGGGUUGAUGUUUGCGCCGGGCAAGAAAGUGGAGGUGUUGUUGGAGGGCGAAAAAUACCGAGAUGUUUGGGUUCCGGCCACCGUACAGAGGAGGUCGGGCGGUGUCAAUAACUUUUGGGUCGCGUAUUAUCGGCCGGGAGAGGGUGAAGUGCCAAAAGAGGAAAAAAAGCUGGUGGAUUACCUUCAUAUUAGACCGCAACCACCUCAUCUCAAGGAUAAGAAUUUUUUGUUGUUGGAAAAGGUUGAUGCUUACUAUGAAUUUGGUUGGUGGAGUGGUGUGAUAACUAAGGAGCUUCCGGAAGAUAGGUAUAAUGUGUUUUUUAAGCAUACGAAAAAGGAAAAAGAGUUCAACUCUUGGAAAUUACGACCACAUAUGGAAUGGAAAGGUGGCAAAUGGUUCAAUACUUCUCAGGGGGACACAGAGGGGAGAACUACUCGUUCCUUGAUGGAUACGCACACUGAUCAGACAACCCCUGCAACUGCUAGACAAUCUACCGUUGCAACAUUAAUAAACAAGAGUACAGAGCAGACAAAUCUUGGUAAGCAUUCACCGCCUUCCCAGAGACAGAAGGAUGAUAUUGAAGUUGGGUUUGUUGAUUCAAGUGAAAAAACAAGUGUGCCAUCUGUUGGGCAAUCCGAGGGAUUCGAUUAUGAAGCAAGUGGAAUGAAUGACCAAACCUUUGGUAAAACUGAGAAUCUUUCUCACGGAAAGAAAGUGCGUAGUAAACGAGGAAAAAGCAUUGAACUAGAAACUCCAACAGCAGAUUCUUCAAGAAAGAGGGGUAGAUCUGCCAACGAAGUUAAAAGUUUGGAAGCUUCAGGUGAUGGAGCUAAAGUAGAUUCAGUCGAAACAAGAGCCCCAGAAAUCAUGGAUGGGGAAGCUAAGAAAGAUCUUACUCUCCCUGUUGUCAUGGGGUUGCAAUGUAAUGGGAUGACGGUAUCACAAGGGAAAAUACUUCAGAAGUUACCUUCCAAAGAAAUUCCAGAUGUUGCAGAAGUCGAAACAAAACAACCGGAUGGUCCAUUAGCACCAUUGACACAGGUCAAUAAGGAGGAAAAAGUAGGGGAUGCUGCAUCUGUUACUCCAAAAAGGAAGAGGGGUAGACCACCCAAGUUACAAGCCAUAAGCUCGGAGACUCGGGUUGCAGCAGUCGAUGAACAGAAUGGCGAUGAUGUUGGUCACUCUGCAGUUUCUGUGGAAGAUGCUGAAAGGAAAGAUGAUGGUCUGCCUACAAGUUCAGGAACGAAAUCGUCGGAAGAGAACCAGGAACCUGUAAAGGAGCAAACCGUACUUGGAACAGAACAGAGCGUCCGAAAGCAGAAAAAGUAUUCAACAAUUAAAGGAAAACGAGGAAGGCGGCGGACAAUCAGUGUUAACGCAGAGGCUUUAGCUCAAGGUCCUCAAGAUGCACUUAAAGAAAAAGCAGAUGAUAACUUGAAGAAGGAUUCUGCUACGAUAAUUUCUGAUGAGAACUUGGAGAAGGAUUCUGCAACGAGAAAUUCAGAAGCUUCUGUUGGGAAAUCACUGGACAUCAUGUCUGAUGAUCAACCACUUUCAAGAUGGUUUGAAGGAAAACACUCCCCAAUUACUGUUCAUGGCACAGAUGGAAGUGUGGGGCAACCAUCCCAGGUAAGUGAGAGACAAUUGGAGAUCGUCACAUUUGACAUGGACGCUGAUAACUGGCCCUUUGUGAGAACCACCCCACUUUGGCAGACCAUAGAAUCGUUGGAAGCGUUCCGUAGGUUUCCACAGAAACCGCAUUUUCGGUCUUUGUUAGAAGGUGUGAAGCCUGGUGCUCGGGAAGGAUUGGCAAUUGGUACCAUGGUGACGUUCUCAACUGUGGUGGAUAAGACUCGUGGUUUGAGAUUCGAGGAUCCAAAAAGUACAAUAGAGGACUGUUUGGAAACACUUGUAGAACUGGAAAGUUACGGAUUUGAUGUGGAGGUAAUAAGAGAACGUUUGACGGGAUUGCUUCUAGUAAAGGACAAGCAGGAGGAGUUGGAUGAGCGGUCAAAGGGGGUUGAAGUGAAAAUAGAGGAGAUGGUACAAGGAAAUAGUGCGGUUGAGGAGAUUGAAGAAAUCGACAGACAAAUAAGAGAAUUGGAGGAAAGACGUGGGCAGCUGUUGUUGGAAAAGGAAAAUAGGAAUUCCGAGAUUAAUGAUAUGCAAGCAGCUUGGGAGGGGAUAGAAGAAGAUAUGAGGAAGAUUGGCGCAGAAUUUGAUGAGUUGGCUUCUGCACCUUGGUGAGCCAUUAUCAAUAGAAUGUGAUUAGCGAGUUUCAUUAGAUGUGUUUGUAUGUUGUUUUAAAUGUGAGUGAGUUGUAAAAUGUAUCAUUACAUUUAUCUAACCCCUUUCUUUUAAUUUAUAGUUGGUAAACAGCCUUUUUAAACUUAAA